CAGGCGGGGCUGGGGAGACGUCACGUGAUUGCUCUGGGGUCACGUGAGGGGUGGGCGGCUGGCGGGGGAAGAUGGCGGGGUGCGGGGCCCCCUGGUGCUGCUGCCGCUGCUGCGGGGAGAGGGAGAGCCGCACCCCGGAGGAGCUGACUAUCCUUGGGGAAACACAAGAAGAAGAUGACGAGAUUCUUCCACGCAAGGACUAUGAGAGCUUGGAUUAUGACCGAUGUAUCAAUGACCCCUACUUGGAAGUACUGGAAAGCAUGGACAACAAGAAAGGCCGGAGGUAUGAAGCGGUGAAGUGGGUGAUGGUUUUCGCCAUUGGAGUCUGCACUGGACUGGUGGGUCUAUUUGUCGAUUUCUUUGUGCGACUCUUUUCCCAACUCAAAUUCCAUGUGGUACAAACCUCGGUGGAGGAGUGCAGCGAGAAGGGCUGCCUUGCCGUGUCCCUGCUGGAGCUGCUGGGGUUUAACCUGACCUUCAUCUUCCUCGCCAGCCUUCUCGUCCUGAUCGAGCCCGUGGCAGCCGGCUCUGGGAUUCCGGAGAUUAAAUGUUACCUGAACGGAGUGAAGGUGCCGGGGAUAGUCCGUCUCCGGACGCUGGUGUGCAAAGCUCUGGGAGUGCUCUUCAGCGUAGCCGGAGGUCUCUUUGUAGGGAAGGAGGGUCCCAUGAUACACAGUGGCGCUAUUGUGGGGGCUGGCUUGCCUCAGUUCCAGAGCAUCUCCUUUAGGAAGAUCCAGUUUAACUUUCCCUAUUUCCGAAGUGACAGGGACAAAAGGGACUUUGUAUCUGCAGGGGCCGCCGCGGGGGUUGCUGCAGCUUUCGGGGCCCCAAUCGGGGGCACCCUAUUCAGCUUGGAAGAAGGUUCCUCCUUCUGGAACCAGGGGCUCACGUGGAAAGUGCUCUUUUGUUCCAUGGCUGCCACCUUCACCCUGAACUUCUUCCGCUCCGGAAUUCAGUUUGGAAGUUGGGGAUCUUUCCAGCUACCUGGGCUGCUAAACUUCGGGGAGUUCAAGUGUUCUGACUCUGAUAAAAAAUGCCACCUCUGGACGGCCGUGGACUUGGGGUUCUUCAUCAUGAUGGGGAUUGUAGGAGGCCUUCUUGGAGCCACCUUCAACUGCCUGAAUAAGAGGCUGGCGAAAUACCGCAUGCGGAACGUACAUCCAAAGCCGAAGCUGGUCAGAGUCUUGGAGAGCCUGCUGGUGUGUCUAACAACCACCGUUGUGGUGUUUGUAGCUUCCAUGAUUCUAGGAGAAUGCCGGCAGAUGUCUUCCACCAAUCCUAGUGGCAACAGCACUCUGAGCCUCCAGGGCUCUUCAUCGGAGGACCUGAAUUCAAGCAUCAAGACUUUCUUCUGCCCCAAUGAAACCUACAAUGACAUGGCAACGCUCUUCUUCAACCCCCAGGAGUCAGCCAUCCUGCAGCUCUUCCACCAGGAUGGUACUUUCAGCCCAAUCACGCUCUCCCUGUUCUUCCUUCUCUAUUUCUUACUCUCCUGCUGGACGUAUGGGAGCUCUGUGCCCAGUGGUCUCUUUGUACCAUCGCUGCUUUGUGGGGCUGCCUUCGGACGCCUGGUCGCCAACCUUCUCAAAAGCUACAUUGGGCUGGACCACAUCUACUCAGGGACCUUUGCACUGAUUGGUGCGGCGGCGUUCCUGGGAGGCGUGGUCCGCAUGACGAUUAGCCUCACCGUCAUCCUGAUAGAAUCCACCAAUGAGAUCACCUACGGGCUUCCGAUAAUGAUCACCCUGAUGGUAGCCAAAUGGACAGGAGACUUCUUUAACAAGGGCAUCUAUGACAUCCACGUGACCCUGCGAGGGGUGCCACUGCUGGAGUGGGAGACGGAGGUGGAAAUGGACAAGCUGAGAGCCAGCGAUAUCAUGGAGCCCAACCUGACGUACGUGUAUCCUCACACGCGGAUCCAGUCGCUGGUCAGUAUCCUGCGCACGACAGUCCAUCACGCCUUCCCUGUGGUGACGGAGAACCGGGGGAACGAGAAGGAGUUCAUGAAGGGGAACCAGCUGAUCAGCAACAACAUUAGAUUCAAGAAAUCCAGCAUCCUCACCAGAGCUGGAGAGCAGCGCAAGCGGAGCCAGUCCAUGAAAUCUUACCCCUCGAGCGAGCUGCGCAACAUGUGUGAUGAGCACGUAGCGCCAGAGGAGCCGCCCGAGAAGGAGGAUCUGCUGCAGCAGAUGCUAGAGAGACGGUACGCUCCCUACCCCAACCUGUACCCAGACCAGUCCCCCAGCGAAGAGUGGACCAUGGAGGAACGCUUCCGACCUCUGACCUUCCAUGGCUUGAUCUUGCGCUCGCAGCUGGUUACCCUGCUUGUCCGAGGAGUCUGUUACUCUGAGAGUCAGUCGAGCACCAGCCAGCCUCGACUGUCGUAUGCCGAGAUGGCUGAGGAUUACCCCCGUUACCCUGACAUUCAUGACGUGGACCUCACGCUGCUGACCCCACGCAUGAUAGUGGACGUCACCCCUUACAUGAACCCGUCUCCCUUCACGGUCUCCCCUAACACACAUGCCUCGCAAGUCUUCAACCUCUUUAGGACAAUGGGGCUCAGGCACUUACCAGUGGUGAAUGCGGUGGGAGAGAUUGUUGGAAUAAUAACUCGACACAACCUCACUCAUGAAUUUCUGCAGGCAAGACUGAGACAGCACAACCAGACCAUCUGACCCUGCUCUCGGUAUGGCUCCCUCCUUCCUCCAGGCCUGCACACGCCCUCGCUUUCCGCUUGGAUGCCCCAUGUCCAAGGACACGACGGUUGGCUUCUCUCUCACGCAGUCUGGGGACCAGAGAACAUCUCACUGGCAGAGAGUAGAGGAGCUAUCUGAGUCCUGAGCUGCUGGCCGGCCCCAGAGAGGUGCUUCGUUUGACUGCUCUUGGCCAGAAUGCUCCUCUCCUGCCGUCUCCUUUCAUCAGAAGUUGCCCUGACUCUGCUCUUCCUCUAGAAAUGCCUGCAGUUUGGAGGGUAACAAUCUACACCGUGUCCCAUGUGGAGGAGUGCAGCGAAUUUCCCCUCCCCUCUCUUGCUGAUUUCUUCUCCCUCCCCAGUUCUGCUGCAGUAGUUGCCUUACUCGCACGAGAAGGGGUCAUUGUCAAAGCUGAGAUCACCCACUGCAAUUUGCUAAUAUCCUCAAACACUAAAUUGCUGGUUAUUCUCAGUGGCAUUAAAACUACACCUCCUUAGAGGGGUGGGGAAUUUUCUGCCAUCAGGAACUCUUAAUUUUUCACUCUGGCUUCAUGUUUUUCAGUUCAGUUCUUAAAGCUCCUAAUUUCUUAAUGUCCUUCAGGUGCUGGAAUCCCUGCUAUGGAUUUGUCUGACAGCAGCUGUCUGCUGAGAGCAUCUGGGCAAGUCAGGAAUCCAAAACAACUUGGUUCUAAUUCCUGUUCUGGAUUAGAAACCCUUAAUGCACCCACAAAACAACUGGGAAGAGAGAAAUCCCGUUAACCGCAUUAGCUGUUGCCAGUGAUUUCCCCUUAGAAGAGAAGCCUUUUCUAAGGCACUCUUGUCCCUUCCCUGUAACGCUAUGUUGCCCCUCUUUGGAGCAUUAUGUAGUGCCCUGCUGCAGAGAUCCAGUGCUGAGAGCCUGGUUUCACUCGGGGGUUCUGGAUUCCAGGGGCAUCUUUACAGUCAGGGUGGUGGAGCUGGAGGAAAUCUCUUUUCUCAGCCCGGCAAGCCCUGAGCUCAAUAUGGGGCAGAGCAUGAGCGUUACUCCUCCAGCUCGGAUUCAGCAGCAGUGUUGGCUUAUCUCGGUUUCCCGGCAAGAGGCGAUUCAUGCUGCGGCCAGCCAGAAGGGGCUCUGGGAGGUUGUGACUGCCAGCCAGCCAGCGCUCUGCAGAGUGCUUAGUGGAAGGGCUGCCGGCAGCUCUGCGAGCACUUGGGAUGUUUGUUGCAAUUGCAGAAUCACCUGCAGGGUAAGGUCAGCACUUAGGAGCCAGUCGUAACCAGUCUGAUGCUCUGGCAGGUACCAUCCUGGCAGCACCUGUGUCGUUCCAGCAGGCUCCUGCCCUUGUGGGUUUUGCAUUCAGACAACGGGGGGAAGCCAGCCUCAUGCCUUCAGGGACUACAUAAUUGAUUGGCUUGAUAAAGCACAGAGCAUUCUUGCUGCCUCUGAGACUGGCCCAGCUAACUGGGGAAAUGCAUUCCCCACAGCCCUCUGACCAGCCCUUUGGUUAACCUGUUCCACGCCAUACCGGGCUUUAGCUAGCUGCAGAAGGAGCUACUGUUUUAGGAGUAAAACUGAGCCAUCUUGAGAACUCUGCCUUCCAAGCGUAGAGGGGUUGCAAAACCUGUUUUCACGUGUCAGUUGCAGAGUCCCUGAUCUGCCAGGGGAAGCUGCGUGUUCCCAUGCUGGGCAGCGCUCAUGGGGGCGGUGGCAGAGGUUGCUGUGCUCUAACUUCUCUACGGUAAGAGGUGGUGUGCACAGAGCAGAAGUGCCCUUGGUUAAGCAAGUCUCUUUUAGGGAUGGGUGAAGCUUUCGCCUGCAGCCCGGGUUGUGGGUGGUUGAUAGGUACAGGGAGAUCCAGUCUCGGGGGGGGCGGGUAUCUACACCAUACAAGGAGCCAAGUCAUAGGAGCUGGUUGCAGUUUGUGUUGUAGAUAGGAGAUCACUGUCGUAUCUGCAUUGCAGCCUGGACGAAAGACGUUCCCUUGACUCCAUUCUGACAUGUACAGUGGAGGAUGGGCCCCCGGCGUGCAGGGCAGGGCUCAGCUACAUGUUGGUUUAUUCACUUCCAGUGAAAUCUAGCAAAACCCUUCUUGGGUCUUGUCUUUUCCUUUCUAUCGCCCCUCUUACGAGACUGGCAGCAGACUUCCUGUGAAGCCCUGUUCCUCCCCAAGUCUGGAGCAGAGGCCUUGGCCCUCCUUACAUAUCCUGCUGAGUGGAGAGGGAGGAGCCUGGCUACACGUAGUGCAAAACUUCCCUUCAGCAAGUGACUCUCACCCUCCUGGGCCCAUCUGUUAUAGCAGGUACCAUCCGAGUUCUGCAUUCCAGCCCGGGUGGCGUCCUGCGUGACCAGGGUGCAUGGAACACGCCCCCACCCCUGGCAGCUGGUCAGUCUCCUCCACCAUUCCAAAUAGCCUGUGUGCUCAGGAGAACCUUCCAGCGUAGCCUAAAGGGUGCGUGUUGAUCUUUCAGCUUCCCAGAGCGAAGCCAAGGCAUCUUCCCAGGGCCAGCACCUAUCUUGUACCCCUUCCACGUGGGCUCCGUAGCUGUGAUGGGAGUGGCACCCUCGUACUUCUCCAGGCCCAGCUGAAAGAUGGCUCAGUCCCAGCUGCCCAUGCUGUUCUUCAGGGAGAUCUUUGGUUAACCGAGUCUAAAUGACUGUCAAGUAGGUUGACUUUGGCUUGGGCUUUUGACUUAGGGGGUGUCUUGCUCUACAUAAGUUGACUAAGGGUCUUCAGCCAUAUCUAGAGCGGGCUUGUCAGUAACUCACCUUUCCUGUGCUUUGGGGCAGGAGGAGUACUGGUUUCCAUGGCUUGAGAGAGACUGAACUGGUCCAAGAAACUCCAGGAUGUAUCCCCUCCCCCAUUCUCCCCCAAGGUGAACUGGAAGUUUGAAAUACGUGUGUGUUGCGCUAGGUUCUGGCACCUGGACAGUCCCAAAGUGCAGCAAAGCAAUCCCGCUUCAUUAGGGUUACCUUAGCGUUCGGGCAUUUAAGGCACAAACCACAAGAUGCGGCAGCCAUGUAGGCCCUCUAUCUCUUCAUAAACCCAGUGAGAGAUCCAGUCCCUCUCCCUCUACUCAGUUGCUAUGUGAGAAUUCACUUACCUUCCCCCCCCCCCCCCACUAAAAUAGGGCUCGUUAGCUCUGUGUCAGUGUUUGUUCAGUACAUGAGUCGUGGCAGUGUAUUUUGCCACACCAUGUCUUGGCCUCACUAAUGAGUCAUGGAGCUAGGAACCCCAGGCAAGCCGAGCUGAAACAUCUUGCUCAGGUAUGUCUGGACACCAGCCGUGCCUUCCUUUAUGAAGGCUGCUGGACUCCACCCCAUGCUCAGCCGCACCUGCUCUGCCUAAGCAUCCAUCUUACUAGAAACCUAUCGCUCGAGGAAACCAGUUCCUUUCACUGCUGCAGCCAGGGGAACGUAACUGGCCACUGUGGCAUGCUGCUAGCCACUUUAAAGAAAUUCACAACUGGACUCGCCAGGUGUGCUCAACAAUAUUGCAUAUGGCCCAUAGCAGGGAAAGUUCCUCUUUCAGAAAUGAAGGGGUGUGUGGAUGCUCUUCUCUGAGUAGGGUUCUGAGAUGCAGCUCAGCCAGCGGCUCUCGCAUGUGCCACUUAUGAAGGGCGCAAAGGAUCCCGGAUCCUCUCCUGAGUUGAGACUGCUCAGACUUAGAUGACCACUGAACGGCCUUCUCACAAACCUUAACUGCUUCUGGUCUGGCAGCUGACAAAGAAACUCUACAGGUGCCUGUAAUUCUUAUCAGAGUAACACCAAGGGGGGAGAGUCCAUGUAGUGGAUCAGUAUUGAUGGCAGAAGCUCAGGAUAGUGGAAGGUGCUGUCUCCUGCUUCCUGUGCAGUGUUAACGCGGGGUAGCAAGUCUUAACUUCUCUGUACUAUGAGCCAUGCCAGGGGCAGACACUUAUCAUUUGUUUUGCACUGUUUUGUUAUGAGAUGAUGUAAGCGGAUUCCACGGUGUAUAUAAACUGUAUUUUUGUUAAAUUUGUAUGAAUAUAUUUUUUAUUUGAACUUUGGCACUUGGGAUGUCGUCCUGUAACCAUAACGUGUCUGAGAGUAAAAUGUCGUCAUGUGUCCUUCUGCA